AUGCCCGGCGCCACGCAAGAAUCUACGCCAGUCCAGAUCUUGGACCCGACGUCCGAGACCAACGAGGAGAUUGACCCAUCGGUCGAUCGCGACAGGAUCCGAGUCCUUUCUGGCUCAACGGACACAGCGGCAUCGUUCCAGUUUGACGGCGAGGAUCACACGCUAGGCAACGCGCUGCGAUACAUUAUCCACAAGAACCCCGAUGUCGAGUUCUGCGGUUAUUCCAUUCCGCACCCGUCAGAAGCAAAGAUGAACCUGCGCAUUCAGACUUAUGAUGGCGUCAGCGUCUACACUGUCCUAGAGAAGGGCCUUGAAGAUUUGAUGGCCAUGUGCGAUGUGGUUGAGAAGAAGUUUACCAUUGCACGAGACGAGUUUGUGAAUAAGAUGGAAGAGUAA